GGGGCGCAGCGCUGCCCUCGCCACACGGCAGCCCCCCCCCCCCCCCCGGGGUUUCGGGCAGCCGGGAGGCAGAGUGCUCGGGGUGACGGAGCGGUGCGGGAAGCCAGCCCGCUGGGGAGCCGCGAGGCCUCCCUCGCCGCCUUCCCCGUCCCCUUCUCCUUCCCCACGCUGGGCAUUUUCCUGCCCCCCCGCCCCGGUCCUCGUCCCGCCCCGCUCGGGGCCCGGCGCGGUAUCGGCGGGCAGCGCCGUCAGGGUUAACCGCGAGGAAUGCGACGGGAGGAAUGUGCAUGCAGAUGAGAUGGAUGCUAAUCUCAUGCUAAUGAGCGGCGGCCGCGGCCGCCCGGGGCUCAGCCGGGCUCCCCGCACCCGCGCCCAGACGGCAGCUGGGCUCCGCCGGGAAGCCUGACCCGGGCUGCCGCCCGCCCCGACAUGGUGGACUGAGAGCCGGCGGCCGACGAGGCUUUGCCGGGCUCCCUCCAGCGUGUCCCCCGGCCUCCCCGGCCCGGGCGGGGGCUUUUCCCGCUUCCCUUCUUUCUUUCCGUCCCUAUGGAGCAGCUACCCCCGCCGGCCGACCAUGCCUAGGAAAGCGGGGAAUGGGCAGCUCCCCUUACCCGAUGGCUGGGAGGAGGCGAGGGAUUACGACGGCAAAGUCUUCUACAUCGACCACAACACCAAGCAGACCAGCUGGAUCGACCCCAGGGACAGGUUAACAAAACCCUUGUCAUUUGCGGAUUGUGUUGGGGAUGAACUGCCGUGGGGAUGGGAAGCUGCGUACGAUCCUCAGAUUGGUGUGUACUAUAUCGAUCACAUCAACCAAACAACACAAAUAGAAGAUCCCAGGAAACAAUGGAGGCAAGAGCAAGAGAGAAUGUUAAAGGAUUAUCUUAUGGUAGCCCAGGAUGCUCUCAGUACUCAGAAAGAGCUGUACCAGGUGAAGGAACAGAGGCUAGCACUUGCACUGGAUGAGUAUGUACGGUUGAACGAUGCCUACAAAGAAAAAUCAAGCUCUCGUACAAGCUUGUUCUCAGGCUCCUCAUCAAGCACGAAGUAUGACCCUGACAUUCUGAAGGCUGAAAUCUCCACUACAAGAUUAAGGGUUAAGAAGCUGAAGAGGGAACUCUCUCAGAUGAAGCAAGAGCUGCUGUACAAGGAACAGGGCUUUGAAACGCUGCAACAAAUUGACCAAAAAAUGUCUGGAGGCCAGAGUGGGUAUGAACUGUGUGAGGCCAAAGCCAUCCUGAGUGAACUGAAAUCUAUCAGAAAGGCGAUAAGUUCAGGGGAGAGAGAAAAACAAGAUUUAAUGAAGAGUCUUGCAAAGCUGAGAGAGAAAUUCAGUCUUGACCAGACCAUUGGGAUAUCUGAACCAGACUUGAGUUCGAGCUCUGUAAACUCCCAGCUGUGUUUUUCUAGACAAACAUUGGAUACAGGGUCUCAGACUGACAUUUCUGGUGAGGUUGGAGCAAGAAGUAGAUCAAAUUUAGCAGAGAAGGUCAGAUUAAGUCUUCAGUAUGAAGAGGCAAAAAGAAGCAUGGCUAACUUAAAGAUCGAACUGUCUAAGCUAGAUAGUGAGGCCUGGCCUGGGGCACUGGAUGUGGAAAAGGAAAAACUGAUGCUAAUCAAUGAAAAAGAAGAGCUUUUGAAGGAACUCCAGUUUAUUACACCACGCAAACGUACUCAAGAUGAGCUAGAGCAGCUAGAAGCAGAAAGGAAGAGGCUUGAAGAGGAGCUGCAUUCUGUAAAGAGCACACCCAGUCAAGCACUUGCUGAAAGGUUGAAACUGGAGGAGAGAAGAAAAGAGUUGGUACAGAAACUUGAAGAAACUACAAAACUGACUACUUAUUUGCAUUCGCAACUUAGGAGCCUCUCAGCUAGCACGUUGUCUGUGUCUUCAGGGAGCAGUUUGGGAUCGCUGGCAUCCAGCCGGGGGUCUCUGAACACGUCAAGCAGAGGGUCGCUAAACUCACUCAGCUCCACGGAUCUCUACUAUAACCCAGGCGAUCAGAUAACAGACUUGGACUAUCAGUAUAAACUUGACUUCAUAUUGCAAGAAAAAAGUGGUUACAUUCCUUCGGGGCCUAUCACUACUAUUCAUGAAAAUGAAGUGGUCAGCUCCCAUGGGAGACUGGGUUACAGUGACUCUCCUUCAGCUGCAGACCACCCCAAACUGACUGAGCCUCCCAAAUCUGUGACAUCGCUGUCUUCCAGGUCCUCGCUGUCCUCGUUGUCCCCCCCAGGCUCCCCUUUGGUUUUAGAAGCUGCAUUUUCUGUCUCGGCUCAAAAUUCCCCUCUGCAUCACCUCACUACAGACUUUGAAGACUGUGACCUUUCAGGUGAUUUUGCAGGCAUUAGUCUCUGUGAGAACCAAAUGUUAUUGGACUCUGAAGCCAGAGCAGGAUCUCAGAUUCCUACAGACGAUAAAGAUCUUAAUGAAAGCAUUAGGCAGCCUCUGCCUUCUCUACAUGAAGGAAGUUCAGGUGUUGACUUACCAAGAAGAGCAGCUGGUCACCUGCUUGCAGAGAAAACAGCUUGUGUAUCUGCUGCCGUGUCUGAUGAGUCUGUAGCUGGAGAUAGUGGUGUAUAUGAAGCUUCUGUGAAACAACCAAACGAAACCGAGGACAUUGUAUAUAGUGAAGAUGAUGCAGCAACUCUCGAGGCUGCCCAGGUACAAAUAGGACUCAGAUAUGACCACAGCAAUUCAAGUUUUGUGAUAAUCAUAGUCCAGCUCAGAAAUCUUCCAGCGUUUUCUGUCCCCCUUGGCUCUAAAGUGUAUAUUAGAGUAGCAGUACUUCCAUCCUCAACCGAUAUCAGCUGUCUGUUCCGCACAAAAGUUCAUCCGGCCAUGGAGACCAUUUUAUUCAACGAGAUAUUCAGAGUGGCCAUUUCCCAAGUAACACUGCUCCAGAAGACGCUGAGAAUAGACGUUUGUGCUGUCAGUAGAAGUCGUCGGGAGGAGUGCUUGGCUGGAACUCAGAUCAGUCUGGCAGAUUUAUCGUUUUCUGAUGAGACUUGUACUCAGUGGUACAACCUUUUGCCUUGCAAGCAAAUUCCUGGCAAAAAAAACAAGGAACAGAAUGAAGAAUCCAUGUUUCUGUUAAGCAAGCAGUCUUCGGACUCUUUGGACUUGGAUGCUGUGUCAGCUCUGCUGGAGAGGACAUCUGCUGAGCUGGAAGCAGUAGAACAAGAGCUGGCUGAAGAUGAGGAGGAGGAGGAUGAACAGGAGCAAAGGGGCUCUGAGGAAGACUGGUUAGAAAUGCUCGUAGAAGCAUCUGAUGAAAUUGUUGACGAAGAGGAAGAUGGCAUUAAGCUGGCAGUAGAAGGCAGCUGUGCUGAUGACAUGGGGUUAUUCAUUGAUGCAGCAGAAACGGAGGAAGACAAGGACAGAGAGAACAAUGAUGAGGGCCAUGAAAGCCAGCAAGCUGCGGUAAUACUAACACUGGUUGAUAAAGAGACUAACACUGAGGAACCAGUUAAUGAGAAUGCAACAGUCCGACCCAAGGACAGGACCAGCUGGAGCUCCAGACAGCGUCCCUUUGUCAGGAACAGCAUGAUAGUGCGCUCACAAACCUUCUCUCCAGGCGAGCGGAACCAAUACAUCUGUAGGUUGAAUCGAAGUGACAGUGACAGCUCAACACUAGCCAAAAAGUCUCUCUUUGUGAGAAACGCCACAGAAAGGAGGAGCCUAAGAGUUAAACGGCCUGUUUGCCAACCGAUCAUGCGAAGAGCUAUGCAAGAGUGCCCUAUCCGCACUUCCCUUGACUUGGAGCUGGACCUCCAGGCGUCACGCACACGACAGAAUCGACUGAAUGAUGAGCUUCAGGCCUUGCGGGAUCUUAAACAGAAGCUCGAGGAAAUGAAAGGUAGAGGAGAGACAGACCUUCCCCUGUGUGUGCUCGAGGACGAACGAUUUCAGAAACUCCUGAAACAAGCUGAAAAACAGGCUGAACAGUCAAAAGAAGAGCAGAAACAAGGUUUAAGUGCUGAGAAACUGAUGAGGAAAGCUUCUAAGGAUGUAUGCCGGUUACGGGAGCAAAGCCAGAAAGUGCCACUGCAGGUGCAGUCAUUCAGGGAGAAGAUAGCAUAUUUCACAAGAGCAAAGAUCAGUAUACCAGCCCUUCCAGCUGAUGACGUAUAAUUAUGCAUUUUCAUUGAAGUGUUUUCCCACUUGCUCAUCUCUUUUUUCGAUGAACUUUUUAGUUCUAGUGACCUGCUUUAAAGAUCUUCUAUUUUACAUUCACUAUUGAUAUGUUUAUUUGUAAAAUACAGUGAAUUGAAUUGUUGUAUGCCUGAAAAAGAAAAAAAAAAAAACAACCACCAGAAAACCAAAGUAGAUUAAUUUUGGUAUACUGAUGCUGAUUUUGUACAGUUUGUAUGUAUUGCAUGUGUGUUUUUAUUUUGUAAAGAUGGAACAAAGGAACAAAGGCAGUACUAAGCAUGUAUCCUGUUGAACUGCACUGUGUUGAGAAAUAUUACGUUCAACAGAAGACUGUUUAUCUUUUCACUAUUUUCAUGUGAGCAGACUGUGAAGAUGGCUGUUUUGCCAUGCAAUAUUUUUGUAUAAGAGUGUGACUUUCAUAGUUUGAAGUUAACUACAACUGUAAACUCCUUUCCAAAACAUCAAGGCUGCCUCACAACAGCUGCUAAUUAGAUUCAUCACUCACAUUGGAAUUUUGUUUCUGAAAACAAAUUUAUUCUGUUUUUGUUUUUAAUACUUUAUAGGAAGAAACAGAGUCCAGAGUUUAGUUUUGUGAAUGUACAGUACUUUAACCUGCACUAAAAGGUUUCUUGCAUCUGCGGGAGAGUGAGGAAAGACAAAGCAGACAAGUAACCCUAAAAACUUAUUAUGAGACUACCAAAAGGGCAGCUGCUUUCUGAACUGGAAGCUGAAUCAAAUUUGUAACACCAGCAUUGAAAUCAGAGUAGUUACAGCCACUGUACACUUAGUGGGGGUUUCCUCUAUACGAAUCUUUUGUCCUAAAGGCUCUUAUUGCUGACUAGGAGAAUAUAACAAUGUUCACUAGGCUUAGAAAUACAAAGAGAUUUUUAUUAAAGUAUUUGUACCAAUAGAAAAAUCUGUCAGACAGUAACUCAGUCUGUUGGUAACGUAAACCCUCUCUGAUCUGAAAAGAUCCUAACUAGAAGGCUUUGCAUAUUUCAGUACAAAACAUUGUUAAAAAUACACAAUUGACCCUGUAUGCAGUUGAGCGUGCACAGGUUUAAUAAGUAGAUAUGAACAACACAUUUCAAACUUGUUUUAUAUGAAGAAGCCUCCUAGGAAGAAACAUCAACUUGUAUUCAUUCUGUUAGAAGUCCAGAACAUCGGAUGUUUACACAGCCCUGUCUGGGUAAAAGCAGUUGGGGUUUUACCUUGUUUGGACUGUACAAGUAGGCAGACCUCAUAGACAGAAUUUAGUUCAUUUUCUACUUAGUAUGUUGCACUCAGAUGUAUUUAAUGCAGUGGCUGAAGUUUUCUUCCCCAAGCAACAAGCCGCAUAUGCAUGGUCUUUAUCUUUCAAAAAGGCUGUAAUUGGUGAGAAAAUGGAAGUGCCUAUAACCACAAUAUGGUAGCAGCUGUCUGAAGUUCAAAGUGACAAUUCUGUCAUGAGAGGUCUGUAUAAGCCUCACCCAAGGGUUUUCUUAUGCACAAACGCAUCAGUUCACUUCAAUGUAUAGCAAAACAUGCUAUUUUGGGCAUUAUGACUGGUUGAACAUCCUUUAUGAAUGCCCCAUUUGUUUUUUGUUUCUUGGGUUUGAGAUAACAUUCAUAUUUGAAAGGUCAAUUUUAAAAAACAAGUCUGGAAUUAUUUAAUGUAGAGGUGAAAUGAAGGUUGGCAGUUUCAACUUCUCAAUUUGAUUAUAUAAGAUGUUUGUAGAAUAAUGUUUAGAGGUAUACUUUAUGAUUUUUCUUUUAUUUAUUUACAGUCUUAUUUAUGUUCUGUUUAAUAUAGUUCAGUUCUGGCCAUAAAAAAUAAGGUGGUUGUUGUGAAAAGUAUUUAGAGCUGUCUAAAUUCUUGCCAGCUUAGCUGUUUUUUCUCACAUGUUGAAUAAUUUUCAAAAAGUAUUAUCUGAUUUGUAAGCAUGGGGUAAGGCCAAAAUGUAAGUAUUGCUGGCUUUCGCUUGCAAAACUCAUUUUUAAAUGAGACACUUAAAACAUAUUUGUGCUCCUCCCUUUCCACAUUGGUAAGGCUGAACAUAUUUAUGGGCAGCUUUUAACAGUUAUGUUUUGUUUUUAACUAAUUCAAAUUAUGCACACUCAAAACACUCAAUAGAAUAAGCUAAAAUAAUACAUACCAAUAACCCCCCAUCAGUUUAAAAUUAUAAAUAUUACUCCAAGUAGAAUUUACUCUGCACAGCAGGGUAUAACAAGUGUAAUUAGUUCUGUUUCCAGGUACCAAUAUCAUGCAGUUGCAUAUAUCAAAAUCUAGAUAUUACUGGUACAAGAAUAUUUAGCCAAAUGAGCAAAGGUUAGCAGAAAUUUUAAUAGAACAAAUCAUCUUUUUAAAACUAUUGCUAUGUUUAUACUGUAUUAAAUAUCAAAUGCUCAGGACUGAACUAAAUAUUUAAUCAGGUUAUAUUCUGAAUGUGUUUCUGUUCUAAUUUUGUCUGUAAGAGUAUGCAAAUACAUCACAUAGAUUAACUUGUCUCUGCACUUUCCAUGUGUUUCAGUGAUUGGAAAAUACUUUUUUUUUUUUUUUAAACAAAGCUCUUUUCCAGA